AGCUGAGAGUGCUACUGAAACUGUAACUGCUGAAAAGAGCUUGCAUGCAAGCAUGUGUACCUUGACAUGAAGUGUACAUUGUCAGUGGAAAUUGUUCAAGAUGAAGAGUGCAUGUACAUGCAAAUAUCUUUGGGCUAAUUUCUUACAAGGUAAAUUAGAUUAACUUACUAUCCACUUUGUAUUACAUGAGUUUACUUUUUAUUUAAAAAACUGUUGUAGGAGGCAGAUUGCAUUCAACAGCUCAACAAGGCUGAUCCUCUCCAUGUUUCCAGAACUGUCCAGUUGUUUGUAAGUCAUGAAUGUACGAUCCCUUUUGAGUACUGAAUCACAUGAAACGAAAUAUCUGUAUGUUGUUAAAUAGGACUGAUUUUAUACAGACACUGUAAGUAUCACUCCACCUUUUUGAUACCAUAUGAAAAUCAUGAAAAGAGAAGAAACUGACCCUACUGAAGGACAAAAAUGAUGUAAUUACUCAACAGUAUUAAACACCACUGGCCUUAACUGACAAGGCAAUUCGACCAAUUAUCUUGGAUUGAGAAUGGUGAAUGCUUUGCCUUUCAUCCAUCAACUUGACAGAGUGGUGCAAACUAGGUUUUUUGCAUGUCAACACUUAGUUGGCAGUAUCAAACAUGCAUGAAAAAUUAUAAUUGUAAUUUACUUGUAUGCAGUUACAGCUUUUCUUGUAAAACACCGCAGUCUUAAUAUUAUGAUUUCCAAUUGGUUCUUUGUUUUACAAUAAUUGUAACAUAGCACCGAUAUAUUUGGUACAUGAGUACAAGAAUGUAUUCUAUCUAGAGGACCACAGUUCACUGACCUUGCAUUUUUGCCAAUUUGACAUAUUUGCUUGUGGAUUUUUAGAAUGUUUUCAGUUUUGAGGGCCAUUACUGCUUGGUUUUUGAGCUGUUGAGACCUCGGCCACUCCAUCAAUACUUUCAGGUUGGUUAAAUUAUAAACAGUUUAAUUUAGUAUUAUCAACUGAGUUGGUAACGUAAAUUGGCCUCUGUUAAGAGUUUCAAAGCUAAUGUUUCAAGCAUUAGCCCUCUGUCAAAGGGAAUGGUGAAGGGCUAACAUUCGAAAUGUCAGCUUUGAAACUCUUUAUGGUGGCUAAUUUAUGUUAUCAGUUCAGUUAAUAAUACCAAAUUACCUUGUUAUACUCUCCCACUGAUACAGUGCCACAGUUUGCUUUAGAAAUUUACUGGCUUUAUUGAAUUAUAAACAUGCUGUUAAGGAAUCCAUUGAGCUUUCCCUUUAAAUCAAUUGUUGUACUUUGUAGUUGUAUCUCUACUGAUGUAAGUAUUAUAUUUUAAAUCAUCUUCUUUACAGAAAUGUCAGUUUGAUAACGAGGUAAGAGUGUUUAAUGUAUUACCAUCUGUGCAUUGUAUGUUUUCAUUGUUAAAUUGAUUGUCAUCUUUGUUAACAACAUGAUUGAUUUAAUAUACAUAUUUUUGGCAAGAUCAUCAUCUAACCAUGUGCAUUCUGUAAUAUCAGUCACUCAACAGUGUUUUCUUGAUUUUGUUUACUAACAGGAUGACAAACUGAAAGUCAUCAGGAAAAUAACUUUUCAAGUGAGCAAACCUUUUUUUAAAUUCUUAUAAAUACUUUUGAUUUAAUUUAUUUCAAAUACAAUUGCAUCAGUUUUCUUUUGUCAGUUAUAAGAACUUACAAAGACCAUUUAGUUAGACCAUAUAGUUUAGUUAAGACCAUAAAGUUAGCUUUAAUGAAGAUGAAACUUGUUAUGCGUCAAAUUUAUUGAAAUCAAAAUAAUACUUUUUUUUAUAUAAUAAAUUGAUGUGGUUAUUUGCUUGUAGCUCUUACAAGCUCUUGGAUUCUUAAGGAGGUAAGAUUAUCAAUAGGUGUUCUUCUUAGACUCUCUAGAAUUACUCAUCUGUACCCACAAGUGGCUUCAUUUUAUUUCAUUGUUAAGGGAAUCUUCUCUUGCCCAUCUUUUGGUGAUGCCACCAUGUUGUUGCAGGUUGGAAGUGGGAUGUUUAUUCUGCAUUUUGGCAAAUAAAAGGGGAUCUUUUUCAAAGGGGAGUGAUCAUUUGAGAGGAGGGACUGAUUUCAGGAUUUUAUGUGCUUUGAUCUCAUUCAACUUUCCAUAUGAAUCCACAGACAGAAUGUCAUCCAUGCUGACUUGAAACCAGAGAACAUUCUUUUUGAAGAAGGUGAAGUGGGGUGUUUGCAAGAAAUUGUCAAAAAAUUUAAUUUAACUUAAUGGACUUAAAAAGUCUUCCUUUUUAAAGAUAGUUGUAAUAUUUUGAUCUGGUUAAAUAUAAAUAACAGCUGUACAUAGCAUUUUGUAAGAAAAACAGACCAACAUUUUAUACAGAUUCUGAAGAUACGCUAUACAGUGGUCAGUGAAAGACUUAACUUUGAUGAAUACUCAGAGUUCAUAUCAGCUACAAUUAUUUGCCUAACAAAAAACAUCAUGAAUAUACCAUCCCAUUUUUGUUUCUGUCAUCAUGAUGGUGACUGGAUGCCUUGUAUAGGGCCCCAUGUCUUAGUUGCAAACAUUUUGAUGCAUGGGAGCAGUAGGUUUGGAAUUUAUGGACUAAACCUUUUAUGGACGUAACCUUUUUUACAUUUCUGACAGCCAACCUCCAUUGAGAGAUCUGGUUGUUAAUACACUGUAAUAAAACAACUUUUUGUACACUUAACAAUUUUAGUCACAGACCCGAAGGUGAACAGUGGUGGAUAUUUACCUCACUGCUUCGCAGCUUGGUGAAUAUCCACCACUUUCACUGACACUGACAGAAGUGAAUAAAUUUGUUAGUAUAUACCACAUAGAUACCAAAAAUUAGUUUAUUUCUUUCAAUAUACCAAAAACUGGUCAGAAAUCAAACUCUUACAAUGUGAUUUUGUCUCACAGGCUGCAUGGAGGUGAAUAGUACUUAGUAUUCACUGAAUGGAACCAGCCAAUCAGCACAUGCAAAAAGCACUAUUUACUUGUUUGGUGUGUACUAAAAUUGUUUAUUAUAUUAACACACUGUAGGUGACGAAACCAAGAUAAAAGUUGUUGACUUUGGAAAUGCAAUUCACUGGGUUCAUAGAGAGGUACAUGUAAUUUCUAUUAUUUGGUGAUUUUAGUGACUUAAUUUUAAAUGUGUGCAGCUAGAUGCAUCAGAAUUGUUGUACUGCAGACUUUAUGAACCCUUUACACCCUAACAUCAAUAUGCAUAUUCUCUAUACUGCCAUCUAUGCCAUUUUGAUCACCAUGACAAGUGAAAAUAUAUUUGGUGACUUUUGCCAACAUUUUAGUCAUUUUAACAUUUUAGUUAAUUGGUGACUAACAGAUAAGAAAAAAGAAAAAAGAGGCAGCCAAAAAUUUUUAAAUGGUGACCAUUUUAAAUUUGAAGGUUGCCAAAAGGCAACUCUUUGGAAAAAUGAGCUUGGAGCUCUGUCAGCCACCAUUAGUAAUGACAUAUGAUAAUUAUUCAAAAUAUUUAAUUUAAUUCUUAUUUUCUUCUGUUUAAUUCUGUCAGGUUUCCUUGUAUUAUGAUGAGUUUGAAAUACAAACUUUACUUUACAGAGCUCCUGAGGUAAUUAGUAAAGAUAUUGCUGUUUUCAUGAAUUGGGAGACAAAAUUAAUUUUACAUGUAGGUUACAUGCAUGCAACUCCAGUGUUUUCCUAAUCAAUCCAAGGGAAAUAAAGCGAGAUUAAACUAUUUUAUUUGGACUUGCAUGAACUGAAGUACUCUAUGAAAGAUGAUCAGUAAAGUUCUGCAGUUUUGUGUUUCAUAAAACAACUUAAUGUGGUUGGCCUGUUGCAGAUGGAAAAUUCUGUUCUGUGGUGACUAUCAUCUCAAGCAAUGUAUCAGAAAACAUAUUUAAAUUCACACAAUUAUUUUACCAUGAUUGUAUCUCAGGUGCAAAUAGAUGGGGGAUGUACAUAUUAGGGCUGUUUUUAAGUGGUUGUUGGACACUUGAAUUUUAAAGUUCAGUCUGUGGAAGAAGGUCCCACUAAAUGUUGUUUAAUAAUGCAAUGAGGUACAGUGUCCUCCACUUGAUAAUGUUGAUGGCAGUCAGUUGAAACUGAAAGCACUGUGUCAAUUCUUUCCAGGUGAUGUUUGGUGUUCCCUUUGGCCCUGAGAUUGACAUUUGGUCUUUGGGAUGCAUUGUAGCUGAGGUUGGUUAAUUGACUUGUAUGUUCUCACCAUAAUUAAAAUAUCGUUAAUGAUUAUUAGACCAUCAGUCAGAGCUAAUAACAGAUGAUGCUUGACAGUUUUAUGAUGGAUAUUUCUCCGUAAGGGGGGAGGAGAACUCACCCAGCCAUUAAUGUUAUUGGUGAGGAAAUGAAAUAAUGUCCUUUUAAUAUGAACAUUGGUUUCAGUUGUAUAUAGGCAAACCUUUAUUUCUGGGAGGAAAUAGGACUAAAGUGUUGCAAGAGGUAUGUUUUUGUUUUGGUUUUUUUUAUUAGUGGCACUUUUACAAGCUGUUUAUGACCUAAGGUAACUACUUUUCAUGCUUGGUUGCAGGUAACCAGUAUUCUUGGUCCCAUACCUCGGAGUCCAUUCCAUACUGGAAAAUAUUUUGAAGAUUUGUCACAGUUUAUAGGUCACCACAAAUCAGGUAAAUUCAAGUUUAAGAUGAUUCAAAUGUAAUCAAGUUAUCUCAAACUUUUUUGGUAAUCCUUACUUAGUCCUCAACAUCAUUUAAAUAGUCUCUGCAACUAUUUCAUAAAUCCAGGUACACAACUUAAAUAAACAAUUGAUUUAACCCUUUAACUCCUAAGAGUGACUAACAUCCAAUUUCUCCACACAACAUCGUCCCUGAAUCAAACAUCAAGGUCAUGAGAAUAAGGGAGAUGAUCGCCCACUAAAGAAGCUCUUGAUUUUUUAACAAAUUCUCCUUGUCAGAGCCUUAGGAAAUGUCUAGAGAGUAGUAUGGAGAAUAUGCAUACUGAUGUUAUGGAGUAAAGGGUUAAGAUACAUCAGCAAAAUAGCAAAAGACGACUUAUCCUUUGUAUGAGGGAGGAACCAGUGGAAAGAGAGCGAUGCUUAGAGGUGGUUCAAGUGAAAAUUAAAAAUAAUUCAUACGUGGGAAAAGAUUCUCUGAAAAAAAACAUCAUGCACAAUGAGAUGUCCAGAAAAAAAAGUAUCCUUUCAUUCACCUUUCCAACUAUUAUUUCUGCUCCCAAAAAAUGAAUCAACAAAAACGUCCAUAAAUACAAUAAAUUUUCAUGGGAAAAAAAAUCCCACAUAGAAAAUACUGUAGGAAUCAACACAUGUAGGCUCUUUACUCACUUAAGACUUUUUUUUCAUUGCUUUUAGAGGACAAUCACCUGAAAUGUGUGAGUAAUGUGAUGUUAAAGCUCCAUAAUUCAAGGAAUUUCUCUUUUGCACGUUUCUUAGUUGGCUUGCUGAAGUAUAAACCAGGUAAGUAUACGGAAUUAUCAUAGUUUGUGUAACUUUUACUUGAAACACUUUGUUUGUUACAGUCGUUAUCCUGCAAAACAAUGCCAAACGCACUGACACGUGAAAAACAAAAACCAACCUUUGUUCUUUGCUUUGUAUCACGAUCUCAGGUGAAAGACUUACACCUUAUCAAGCUGCUGCGCAUCCAUUUUUAUGCCAGAGUGUUCCUUUGCAAAUUUAUUGCCUCAACAAGGAGAUAAGAAAACAGGUUUGUUCUUGCCUUCCAUUGAACUGCAUAAAUGCAAAUUGGCCCUAUGCCGUCGCCAUGAAACGAACUUCUGACAAAGAAAUUUACCUUUCACAUAGGAAUCACCUUUUUUACAGUUUCUCAGACUUCGUCGUUUAUGUAGUGACGACUCUGAUUUUUCUGAAAAAUCAGAGGCAACGUGCUAGUUUUUCGAUAAACGUGGCUAUCCUGUUUCUGUCGUUCAAGCGGGCCACCGCCGUGCCCAACAAAUUGAUGGACAUUCAGCACUACAAACGGUUCAGAAGGAAAAUGCCGAUCGCAUUCCAUUCACUCUCACAUUUCACCCUCACAACCACGCAGUUGAAUCUAUCAUUCUUAAAAACUUUCAAUUACUUCAAAACGAUUCAGAGACUGGUACGAUCUUUUCGCAACCUCCACUAAUUUCAUUCAAACGUGACAGAAACAUUGGUAACUUUUUGAUCAGAAGUUCAUUUCAAACCAGUGACUAACCUGGAACUUUUAAAUGCGCUCGCUCACGAUGCAAAACUUGAAUGAAGCAAGACUUGUUUUCAUCCAACAUCUCCCUGGAAGGUGUAGGGCAGUUAAUUUCAAGUUUGAUUAAGGUAUUGGGAAACCUUUAUCAAUCAAAAUAUAAUAAAAUACCUCUGUUACGUUAUUUCCAGAUGCUGGAAGCUGCGCAGACAUUUCGUUUCCUACUGAGUAUAACUUCAAACCAUACGUUGACGAGGAAGUUAAAAGGCAGCAUUUUUCUGGAACUGAACUCUUAAAGAAGGGAACUACUGUAACUGCUUCUUCAUCAAAACACUUUCAGAGCAAACAGGAGAAUGCAACAUCUCUGAGGACUGGAAAUUUACAUUGUUCUCAAAGAGAAAAGGUGACAAUUAAUGAGAAAUCUCGUCAGGAAGACCAGUUGCUUCUAGAAAAUUUUAGUUAUGCCAUGGAAGGUCCUCUUGCCACAGGAUACCCUAAAUCAAUUCACCAACAGAACGAGACGUGUGCCGUUUUUAAAGGAAAUACAUGCACUGAUGAUAUUGAAGAAGAACGUAAACAAGUCUCGGACAGGCUCAUGUCUACUCUCCUGACUCCGACAAAUCUUUCUUUGGGAAAAUUUUCAGAAAAAAAAAAAAAAAGUGUAAUGAGAAGGAUUAUUUGCCAGCAGGAACUAAUAUUACUUGUCCUACUAAUGAGUUCGAAAGACCUUCGGCGAGAUUCGUGUACAACAAAAGCUCCUGUUUUAAGCGCAAAAGUGAUGUUUUUAACGACACUCAUGUAG